AUGGCGGAGUCUGGCGUGGUCGGUGCGCCGCGCGCGCGGCACCGCCCGGUGCCUGCGCCGCCGCCGAGCGCGGCCGUGGAGACGAAAGAGAUGGCGCGGGAGCGUCUGCUGGGCCUCCCCAACUUCCAAGGCACCUUUCACGCGCCCGAGCUGAUCGCGGGCCUCUCGGAGGAGCACCUCGAGGCGGCGCGUGCGCAGCCCGUCUUUGACGCGCGCCCCUUUCUCAAAACCUUUUCGGAGAGCAGCGCGGAGCUGCAGGAGAUGCGUGCGCGCGUAGCGGAGCGGUGUACGACGCUCAACUCGGCGGUGCAAGUGUCGCAGUCGGUGUAUACCAAAAAGCUGCGCCAGCUGACCAACAACUUUGACGCGACGCAGACCUCGUUUGCGCAGCUGCAGGAGCGUAUCUCGGAUGUGGGCCGCACGGCGAUCCGUAUCGGUGAGCAGCUCGAGUCGCUCGACCGCCAGCGGACGCGCGCGAGCGAGACGCACGACCUGAUCGAGUACUACUACAUGUUUGCGCGCGGCGACACGACGCGCCUCGACAAGCUGCGCAAGGAAGGCGGCCGCGAAGGGCGCCUCAAGGCGGCGAUGAUUGCGCGCCGCCUCGCGGUCAUCUCGCGGGAAGUCGAUAUUAAAGGCAGCCAUGCGACGCGCGAGGCGAUUGACCGCUACUGCGAGCAGUUUGAGCGCGAUAUGCUCAAGCUCUUUGACAAGUACUACCGCCGCUCGGAUCCCAAGACCAUGUCGCACAUUGCGCAUGUCCUCCAGAGCUUCAACGGAGGCGUGAGCUGCAUCCAGAUCUAUGUGAACCAGCACGACUUUUUCAUCUCGAAAGACCGCGUGACAGAAGCGGAGCAGAUUGACAAGUCGCCGAUGUGGGAGGCGAUUUCGGACCCCGACGCGCUGCCGCCGCGCAAGGAGCCGGCGCUCGAUGCGCUCUUUGUCGAGAUCCGGCGCACGGUCGAGCUCGAGGCGCAGAUCAUUGCGGCCGUCUUUCCGAGUCCGCUGCUGGUCAUGCAGACGUUCCUGCAGCGCGUCUUUGCACAGAGCGUCCAGGCGUUUGUGGAAGCCAUCAUGCACCGCGCCCAGGAGAUCGACCAGGAAAGCGCGCCGCAGACCGCCAAGCACGAUCCGACCGCCGACAUUACCGGCCUCGCGUUCCUGCGUAUGCUGCAUGUGACGCGCAGUAGCGCGCUCCAGCUCGUGAACGACGUCAAGAUGAUCGAUCUGCGCUCGGCCGGCAUCACCGUGUCGAGUGCGUACGGGCCCCAGAGCAGCCUCGACGGGCUCUUUUCGCUGUCGGGCGCCGAAGCUGACGCGCUGCAACGCAGCGACGCGACCAAUGCGCUGCUCGGCCAGCCGUACUCUGCGGCACAGCUCGCGGCCGCGGGAGGAAGCCCGCUCGCCGCAAUGCUCGACCAGGCGGUCGAGGAGCUCUUCUUCCCGUACCUCGACCAGAUCAAGUACAUCGACCGUGAGUGCCGUGUGCUGAGCGGGCUGUGCGCGAAUGCGCUGCACCGCUUCUUUACGUGGCACCGCAACACGAUCAAGGCGAGCCGCGCGAAUGCGACCAUCUUUAGCCGCGUGCGCGACCAGUUCACCGGCGCGAAUACCGCGUCGUUCGGCAGCAGUGUCGCCUUUGCGACGCUGUCCGACAGCGCCGGGCACCAGGCGAAUGCCGCGCCAGUGUCGUCCUUUAAAAAGCUCGUCGACCGUGCGCGCGGCGCGCAGACCCCGCUCGAGGAAGAGGCGCCGCCGCGUGUCGACGAGAACGACACGCCGGACGCGCGUGGCGAGCUUUCCCUCGACCUCGCCGAGCGCCUGCUGCGCUGGCACGCCGAGGCGCUCGGCCGCUGCGUCGACCUCGGGAGUGCGACCGAGGUGCCAAAAAACACGUUUGUGCUCUUGCGCGUGCUUACGGACGCCUACCUCAAAGCGUACGUCGAGGCGGCGCUCGAGACGGCGACCGUGCAGCUCUUUUCGUACGACGUGCGCUCUGCUCAAGCGCCGGACCUCGCCCCGCUGGAGCUUGUGAUGCGGACCGAGCAGCUGAGCACGCUGUGGCAGCACUAUGUCCAGACGGCCGUCCUGCCGCUGACGGCGCCCAGCGUGACGAUCCGCCGCGAGACGGUGAUCUACAACAACCACAAUAUGCUGCGUGUGGAAGGCAAGUGCGAGGCACUCUUGCAAAAGUUCACCGACAACAUCCUCGCGUUCCUCGCGGCGCGCCUCGCGACGCAGAAAAAGACGGACUAUGCGCCAAAGAACGACGACGUGAUGUUUGCCCGACUGAACACCGAUCCGUGCCUCGCAAUCGUCGAGGCGCUCGAGUCGCUGCACGCGGCCGCGCUCACGUUCCUUCCGGAGCGCACGCGCGAGUCGCUCCUGACCGAGAUCGGCGUCGGGUUCCACGCGCUGCUCCUCGAGCACCUCAAAAAGUACACGGUCAGCGCGACGGGCGGCCUGAUGCUGACCAAGGACCUGGCCAUGUACCAGGACAUUUGCUGCAAGUUUGAAGUGCCGAUCGUCACGGAUCGCUUCGAGAUGCUGCGCCAGCUCGGCAACCUGUUCAUCGUGCAGCCGAGCGUGCUCAAGUCGUACAUGCGCGAAGGUCACCUUGCGCGCAUCGACGAGCACCUCUUGCGGCCGUACCUGCUCCGCCGCGAGGACUACUCGCGCGAGGUGCGCGAUCUGCAGGACGACGGAGAGGAGCAGGGCGGUACGUCGAUCUUUUCGUCGCUCUCGCACCACGGCGUGCUCAGCCAGUCCUGGUCGAUGAACGACACCAAGGCGCAGGAGAGCACGACGUUUGUCACCGACCUGCCCGACCAGACGGCCUGGCUCGAGACGCUCGCGAACCGCGCGUCGCCCGCGCCAGAGGCGGGCGGCACGCCGACCGGAGUCUCGCGCACCUCGACGCCGCAGCCGAGCCACCUCGGCGUCCCGCCCUCGCCACGGGGCUCGCCGCGCGACGAGGUAUCGCGCACGCCGUCCCCGGUGCAGACGCGCAAGGACCGGCUGGCGCAGCUCAACAAUCUCGUGAACGAUUUUGAGUCUAUGUAA